GGUACACAGUACAGGUCUUCCCCAUACAUGUUUUCUGUAAUAGUUACAUGUAUAUAUUUAUCAGACGUCUGAUAAAAAUACGUAUUGCGUAUGGUUAAAUCAUUGAUAGAUAGCUAAUAAUAACGCGGCAUUUUGUAUUAUCUGUUUAGUUUAAAUCUGAACCCGUUGACCGUGAGUUUCGCUUGUUAUUUAUUGUAAAUUAAAUCAACCAGCUUGUAAAUAAAGAUUAUGACUUCCUCAACAGACAAAUCAUAUAAAAUAAGAGACGUAACCAUAGCAGAUAGGGACGCUAUUGUGGACUAUUUGAGGGCCAGUUUUUUCAAAGACGAACCUUUAAAUUCAUUUUUAGAAUUAAUCACUGAAGAAAAUCCAACUUGUGAAACCUUAGAAGAGUUCACAGUGGGACAUAUUCCGACUGGGAUAAAUUUGGUAGCAGUUCAUAAUGAUCAAAUCGUAGGUUUAUUAUUGAGUGGACCGUUAGAAAAAGGCGAAGAGCUAACAUUUGACUGUCAAAAUGAAAAGUAUAAUAAAUUAGUUCGAUUGCUGGACUAUGCUGAGAAACAAUGUAAUCCAUUUGAAAUAUAUCCCAAUAGUACCAAAGGCAUAUCAGUACAAGUAAUAUCAGUGCGCAAAGAUUUUACGGGAAGAGGGAUAGCUGCAGAAUUAUUACAAAAAGCAUGUGAUUUGGCGAAACAAGAAGGAUAUCAUUUCGUUGACAUGGCAUGCACAAGUUUAUACUCAGCAAAACUUUCAGAAAAAUUAAAUUUUGAGUUAAAAUAUUCUUUGAAAUAUACAGACUACAAAGAAAAUGGAGAAAUAGUUUUCAAACCUGAGCUACCACACACUACCUUGAAUGUAUACUUGAAGAAAUUAUAA